CCUCCCGGGGCAGGGCCCGAGCUGGCGGCGGGGCGCGCGGGGAGCGGCGACCGGCACAGGCCGGAACUGGAACCAGAACCGGAACCGGAGCCGCGGCCCGGGGGGCUGAGGCGGGGACCCGGCCGCAGCCCGGGCGGUGAGCGUCCCUGCCAUGGCCGGCAGCGGCGCCUCCGGCUCCCCGCCCCGGCACAGCGGCCCUGACUCGGCGCUGGAGGAGGAGGAGGAGGAAGACGACCCGGCUCUGGGCAGCGACGGGGACCUGGAGGUGAACCCCUACGAUGGGCUGCCCUUCUCCUCCCGAUACUACGAGCUGCUGCGGCAGCGCCGGGAGCUGCCCGUCUGGACCACCAAGUACAGCUUCAUGGAGCACUUGGAGGGCGGCAGCGGCAUCGUCCUGGUGUCCGGGCCCCCCGGCACCGGCAAGAGCACCCAGAUCCCGCAGUGGUGCGCCGAGUACGCCCUGUCCCUGCAGUUUGCCCACGGGCUGGUGGCCUGUACCCAGCCCCACAGCCUGGCUGCCCUCAGCCUCUCCCUACGCGUGGCCGAUGAGAUGGACCUCAACCUGGGCCACGAGGUGGGCUACUGUGUCCCUCACGAGGACUGCUGCACCACUGAGACCAUCCUCAGGUUCUGCUCGGAUGAGAUGCUGCUGCGGGAGAUGACGUCGGACCCGCUGCUGCGGCAGUACGGGGUGGUGGUGCUGGACGAGGCGCAGGAGCGGACGGUGCCCACCGACGUGCUGCUGGGGCUGCUGAAGGACGUGCUGCACCAGCGCCCGCCCCUCAAGGUGGUGGUGGUCACCUCGCCGGCCAUGGAGGAGCAGCUCCGCGCCUUCUGCGGGGACCCCCCCGUGGUGCGGGUGCCGGGACCCGGGCCCCCUCCCCAGGUGAUCUACAGGGACCCACCAGCCCACGGCCACAUUGCAGCCGCCUGCCAGGCCGUGCUGGACAUCCACCGGCAGCAGGAGCCCGGCCACGUCCUGAUCUUCCUGGCCAGUGAACAGGAGAUUGCCGAGUGCUGCCAGGCCAUCCGCAGCGAGGCAGGGGCACUGGGCCCGGGGCUGGGCCCGCUGCUGGUGCUGCCCCUGCACCCUGGCGUGGGCCGCGCGGCUCAGCGGGUGUACGAGACCCCCGAGGAGGGCAGCCGGGAGCGGAGGGUGGUCGUCACCCACUGGCUGGCGGACUCGUCCUUCUCGCUGGGGAACGUGCGCUUCGUCAUCGAUGCGGGGCUGGAGCUGCGCAACGUUUACAACCCCCGCAUCCGGGCGGAGUCCCAGGUGCUGCGGCCCAUCAGCCGGAGCCAGGCAGAGGCACGCAUGCAGCGAGCUGCAGGCAGCCCCCCGGGCACCUGCCUGCGCCUCUACUCGGAGGCCUUCCACGAGCAGCAGCUGCCCCCCAGCCCCCCGCCCCACGUCAGCGAGACCAGCCUCAGCCGCCUCGUCCUGCUGCUGAAGCGCCUGGACAUCGCUGACAUGGGCCAGUGCGACUUCCUUGACCGCCCAGCCCCUGAGUCACUGAUGCAAGCACUGGAGGACCUGGACUACCUGGCGGCCCUGGAUGACGAUGGGAACCUGUCGGAGGUGGGGAUCAUCAUGUCAGAGUUCCCCCUGGACCCCCAGCUGGCCAAGGCGCUCAUUGCCUCCUGCGAGUUCGACUGUGUGGAGGAGAUGGUCAGCCUGGCUGCCAUGCUCACAGUUUCCCCCUGCUUUCUGCCCCCCUCCUCACACCUGGAGGAGGCGGUGACCCUGCGGCGGCGGGCUCUGCUGCACCCAGAUGGAGACCACUUCACCCUCAUCAACAUCUUCAACGCCUUCCAGCAGAACGGGGACGAGGGCUGGUGCCGCAAGCACGGGCUGAGCGGGGAGGCGCUGCGGCUGGCGGGGGUGGUGCGGGCGGAGCUGCUGGAGGUGAUGCGCCGCAUCGAGCUGCCCGUCUCCCCUCCCGCCUUCGGCACCGACGCCAACGUGCUCAACAUCCAGCGCGCCCUCAUCUCCGGGUACUUCCUCAAGGUGGGCCGGGGGGCGCCGGGGGGGCCUGGCUGUGGGGCGGGGGCCAUGCCAGCCAGCCCCUUCCCCUCCUGCUGUGCUCCCCAGGUGGCCCGGGACAUCGACGGCUCUGGGAACUACGUGAUGCUGACGCACAAGCACGUAGCCCACCUGCCCCCUGCCUGCUGCUACCUGCUGCGGCAGCCCCCCCAGCGCCUGCCCCCCUGGCUGCUCUACCAUGAGUUCACCAUCUCGCAGGACAACUGCCUCCGUGUCGUCUCCGAGAUCCAGCCCCAAAUGCUGGUGGAGCUGGCACCCCAGUACUACCUGAGCAACCUCCCGCCCAGCGAGAGCCGGGACCUGCUGAUGGAGCUGCGGGAGAAGGUGGUGGCUGCCGAGGACGUGCCGGCGGGGCCGGAGCCGCUGGGGGCAGCAGCCGGCGGCGAGGAUGAGGAGAGGGAAGUGUGCGUGCUGCAGUGAGCUGGAGCCACCGCAGCCCCCGCGUCGGGGGCGCCUUGGCUGUGACCCGAGGCUGGGAGAGCCCCGGGGGUCCGUGCUGCUGCGGGGCCGACUGAGCCCCGGGGAGGCGAGGGCAGAGCCUGACACUGCCACCGCUGCCAGCGGCCGGGGGACCGGCAUCGCCCCCGAGGACAGAGCCCGGUUCGGGGAGCGCUGGGCCGGGGCACUUGUGCAGGUCCUCCCCACCCGGCGCGCCUUCACCCCGUGUUUCUCCGGGGGCUGCCGCGGGGCGGGGGCUGCUAUGGGGCGGGGGCUGCCGGCCCUGCCCGUCCCGCCCCCCAUUCCCCGCCGGGGGAGCAGCCCCCCGGGGCCGAGGGUCCACUCGCGGGUCUCUUCUGUAUAAAGUUUUGUGACCUUUG